AUGUUGUGGAGAGCAUACAAGGCAAUCAACGUGACUGCUCCGGAUGUCGUCCGUCUCAUUUCACAUGUCGUUCUUUCAAUCCAAACUUCCAAAGGCCAGAACAUCCUCGUGGACACCGCUCACGCGAACAGCAAGUUCGUCCAUAUCGUUGCAUUCGGUACCUCGGGAAAACUCUCCUCCAAGCUCCUGGACGACAGACAUGUCACUGCCAUCGUGACGGAGACUGCUGGAGCCGGCAUCCUCACUGCGGCCGACUUGCCUCAUACUUUGGAGUAUGCUGGAGUCCAGGUCCCGAGCGGUGUGGUAGUCGUUCGAGCUGGCAGGAAGCGAAAUGUCGAGAGCCAUGCUCCAGAGUUCAUUGAAAUUGAAACGGACGGCGAGCUCGAACAGAAUCAUGUCCUGCAUCUCCUCGGGACGGCAAAGGAUGGCAUCCGGUCGAAUCCUCACAACGUAGCGGAAUUGUUGAAAAACUUCGUCGACGGUGCCAGUACUGCUCAUUCAAAGUUUCAUACUGAGAAGGCGGAGGGCAACCCUGCGGUGUUGCAUGCAGAAGGAGCAGCUGGGUUUGAGAGCGCGAAGCAUGCUGUUGAGAGGGACUUGAAGAAUGUGAUGAAGAAGUUGAAGGUCAAAGAAGGAGAGGAGGUUGUUUACUCUGCGCAUUUCAGCGACGUCAAUGGCCUAAGUCGGUUGGAGAACUACAUCAUCGCUGGCGAGAUCGCGCAGUUUUUAGACUCACAAGACAUCCAAUACACCCUCUCGCACUCCACGAUCCUCAACCACACUGAGGCUGCCCGCGGCUUCUGCAUCUCCAUCUGCCCGAUCUCAUCACAGUUCCUGGCGGCUUCACCAAAACCGAAGAAGCAUGCUCCGAUUGGUGCCUCAGCCUCCAACGCAGCGCCUCUCACCAAGUCAUACUCAUCAUCCGACUCCAGAAUCACCUUCAGUGACGCCCAGGUCCGAGCACGAAUCGAAGCGGGCUGCAACGCCGUCAUCAAUGCGGAACCCAUCAUCACCGAAUACGACACUAUCGUCGGCGAUGGCGAUUGUGGCUACACCCUCCGUGACGGCGCGAAGCAAGUUCUCUCCUUCGUUUCAUCCCGCGACCUCACAAAACUUUCAGAGAUCGUCGCUGAACUCGUGGCUGAGUUGGAAGUCAACAUGGGCGGCACCUCCGGGGCGUUGUACUGUAUCUUUCUCACUGCUCUUGCGGCUUCCUUAGCAAGUGAGAGUAGUGUCCCAGCCGCGUUGCAGGGUGCGUUGGAGCAACUUUGCAAGUACACGAAUGCUAGAGUGGGCGAUCGGACCAUGAUGGAUGCUUUGAUUCCUUUUGUGGAGACGUUGGCUGGUAAUGGUGGGGAUGCGAAGCCGGCGUUGGAGAAGGCGAGGGAGGGCGUGGAGGGGACGAAGAAGAUGGAGGCCAAGUUGGGGAGGAGUACGUAUCUGGACGAAAGCGCCACAAGAGGUGUGCCAGAUCCGGCUUCGGGCAAGCAGCUAGUAAGGCAAAAGCAAUGGCAUCUUCGCGACUUCCGCAGACAACAUCCACAGACCGAAGAAGUUGGCGACCAUGUGCUCCGAUGUGACGUAGGAAGAGGGACACUGUCGGUUCGCUUCGCGAACGCGCCGCAAGAAAUGCACAGCAAGAUGCCGUCCACAUACAAAAAGGACAAACCAUGGGACACGGACGACAUCGACAAAUGGAAGGAAGAGGCCUUCACCCCCGAGCAGAACGCAGGAGGAACCUUCAGCGAGGAGAGCAGCUUUUCUACACUUUUCCCCAAAUAUCGCGAAGCCUACCUCAAAGCGUCAUGGCCGAUGAUUACGAGACAACUGGAGAAAUACGGCAUCGCCUGCACAUUGGACUUGGUCGAGGGUAGCAUGACGGUUAAGACGACGCGAAAGACCUAUGACCCGGCAAGCAUUCUCAACGCCCGCGAUCUGAUCAAGCUGCUCGCCCGUAGCGUACCUGCACCUCAGGCAGUCAAGAUUCUGGAAGAUGGCAUGGCCUGCGAUGUGAUCAAAAUUCGAGGAAUGGUGCGAAAUAAGGAGCGCUUCGUCAAGCGAAGGCAGCGAAUUCUCGGACCGAACGGAAGCACUCUCAAAGCGUUGGAGCUGCUCACGCAGACGUACAUUCUGGUGCAAGGAAACACGGUGUCGGUCAUGGGAGGGUACAAGUCACUGAAAGAGGUACGACGAGUGGUGGAGGAUUGCAUGGACAACAUACACCCGAUCUACCACGUUAAAGAGCUCAUGAUCAAGCGCGAGCUCGCAAAAGACCCCGAAUUGAAGAACGAGAACUGGGACCGCUUCCUGCCGCAUUUCAAAAAGCGCAACUUGAGCAAACGAAGAGUACCACGGAACGUGUCGGACAAGAGCAAGAAGGUGUAUACUCCGUUCCCGCCACCGCAAGAGAAGAGCAAGGUCGACCUUCAGAUUGAGAGCGGAGAGUACUUUCUCAACAACGCGGCGAAAGAAAGAGUGGCCAAGGAGAGGCGCGAGGAUGCAAUGAAAGAGAAGAUGGAGGAGAGAAAGCGAAAGCGGGAAGAAGCAUUUGAGGCACCGAAGGAGGAGGCUGAGGUCAAGAAGAAAAAGAAGCGCAAGAGCGAGGACGGCGAAAAGAAGUCAAAGAAGAGGAAGUCAAGUGAAGAUGUUGAGAUGGCUGCCUAG